AAAUUUCAUUUUGUUUUUAUUCCUCAAAAAAUUUUGAAGGAAAAAAUAUCGCAGAGCAUCUUGCCUUCUGGCUCGUUCAUUUUUUUUUUUUUUUUUUGACAUGUCGGGGAAAAUUUUGAAGCCAUUUCUUUAUCGCUUUUAUUUUUGCACGCCGGAAAUUCCAUAUUCGUCAUAUUUCAACGACUUUCAACACGAUAAGUAAUUAAGAAGAAGAUUUUUCCCGUCUUUGCGGCUUUUUUUGUUAACGUAUCGAUAUAAGAAAAAGAAUCGCGAUUGAAAAUUUAGCGUAUCGAUUGGUAAGGAACUUUUUUUUAUUGAUUGUUUUUCUCCCAGCUGAAACUCCUCCCCUUACGCAUGGCGACAUGGACAUGGUUGGGUCGUAAACAAGUCGUGGUUCUUCUUCUUCUUCUUUUUUAGUGGGGGCUUUACACCUCCCUUAUAUAACCAGGUUCCUUUUUUUCCACUGUUAUAUUACGAGCGCACAAAGUAUUCGACAAGAAGAUGACGGCUCCGAGAGCCAUCAUCAACAAACUCGGAAUGUUUUUAGACAAAUGCCAUCAGGCUGCGUGGCGAUUGAAAGAUCCUUCCAAUUUGGCCGUGACUCGUAUACUCUUUGGGUUUCUUAUGGUUCUAGACAUCCAUAUUGAGCGUGGCUUUGCAGAAGUGGACCACAGGUUUGGUGAUUUCACGCAAUGCCAUUUCCCCUUAUUUGAUUUCGUCAAGCCGCUGACUUUUCAGUGGAUGUGUAUGCUUUACCUGCUCAUGUGGUUGGGGGCUUGUGGGAUCAUGUUGGGAUAUAAUUUCAAACUGAGCUGUCUCAGUUUCAGCGUUCCCUAUUGGUAUGUCCUGUUAUUAGAUAAAACCUCUUGGAACAAUCAUUCAUAUCUCUACGGACUUCUGUCCAUACUUUUGCUGUUUUCGUCAGCCAAUCACUACUGUUCAAUUGAUGCAUGGAUCGAUCCCAACAUUAGAAACAAACCUGUGCCAAACUGGAACUACAUUCUAGUCAAAUUCCAGAUAUUCCUACUCUAUUUUUAUGCCGGUGUCAAGAAGAUGGACCCAGAGUGGCUGGGUGGCUAUUCCAUGAGGAAUCUUGGCAGCCACCAAGUUUUCACACCUUUCACAGUCUUUCUAAGUGAAGAAACCAUCGAAUAUUACAUGGUGCAUCUCGGAGGUUUCAUUUUGGACCUGACUGUCGGUUUCUGGUUGUUGUGGCCGAAAUCGCGGCCUUUGGCUUUAUUUUUUGCUACUUCAUUCCACAUGAUGAAUGCACAACUUUUUACGAUAGGAAUGUUCCCUUACGUUUGUCUGGCCACAUUACCUGUGUUUUGUGACGAUGACUGGCCAAAACGUUGGAUCGCUGGAUGCCCUGGGCUGCUGCGCAAAUGUCUUCCAGACGCCACAAAGAUAACUAAUGUUUGUGAUUCUCCGGUCGAAAAACGCGGCAAGAAUUCAUCCUUCAAACUAACUCUGAUGGGUCUCUACGUCGUAACUCAAUUGGCUCUUCCCUGGUCGCACUCGGUCACUCAGGGCUACAACAACUGGACCAAUGGUCUUUACGGCUACUCUUGGGACAUGAUGGUCCACGCUUGGGAGACGAUGCACGUCGUAGUGACGGUGAAAGAUAAAACCACUGGACGAAUCAACUACCUUGACACUGAGGUUUUCGUGAGGAACGACAAAUGGGUUGGUCAUGCUGAUAUGAUUUAUCAGUACGCUCAUUGCGUCAAGGAUCGCUUGGGGGCGGUCAACAUGACCGAUGUAGCCAUUUACGUCGAUGUCUGGCGUUCGUUGAACGGCCGCUUCCAACAGAGAUUGAUAGAUCCACGCGUCAACUUGCUCGAGGCCGAAUGGUCGCCUUUUCGGCCUACUCCUUGGCUCAUGCCGCUCCUGACGGAACUGUCGGCCUGGCGGCAGAAACUCAACCAAUUGGAGCGCACCGUUUUUGACUGGUCAGAUUCCUCACGAGUCGCCUUUGUGGCUGAUUUCCCAGGUUUGUCCAUGGACAAUUACGUGCCGGCUGGUGUGACCAACGCGACUAUCCAGGUGUUGGAGGGCCAGGUGGAGUUAUCGAUCGAAAACGGGACUCGAUCGUAUCUGAAUGUCAACGAUACGGCGUCUCUACCGUCGAGCGUCAUGCACAGAAUCACGACGACUUCCAACAUUCCGGCUUGUUACAUGUACACCUUCGUCGGGCCUUCCAGCGAUUCGCCAUCAGCCAACGCAUCGAGCAGGAAUGCCAAAACGCCACAGUCGACCACCCAUGAAGAUGUUUCUCUGAUGACACCCUUCGCCAAAUCUUUAGCUCUUGUUGGCCAGAGUCUACUCAAUCUAGUCUUCGGUAUUCCACUCGUGAUGCACAACAAGACUAGAAAGCUACCUCUAUGUACACACACUGUGAAAUUGUUGACAGUUUUCCAGGGGGAUGUCGAAUCUACACCCACUCGUUGCCGUAGCGUGCCGUGCCGUGUUGUGACGUCGCCUGCGGUGAGGGCUGGAUGUUGUGGAAACGAGUGCGAAGAGGCGAGCAGAAACCUUGAACUCCGGCAGCAGCAGCAGCAGCAGCAGUGGUGUUGCCGUUAACGUAAUGUAAUGCUCUUUGUGGGCGUACUUCUAGAUGUCCUCCACCAUCGGCGAUGCCGUCAGAACAGAGCAGCUGCUUGAAUCCGCUGCGGAAUCUCGGGUCAAGGAAAUGAUACAAAAGCGGAUUGACGCAACUGUUUGCACUGCUGAGCCAUUGUGCCACGGGCAUGAUCAUUUCCCAGAAUUCAGCCUCGGGCUCGCUCAUGCUCUUGGCGAAUUUUAAACGCGUGAAAGUGGCGUAGAGCGGGAACCAGGAGAGCGCGAAAGCUGCGACGACGACGCCCAACAUCCUGAGAGCUCGUAUUUUGGCCCUGUGCAAGUUGAGUCGACCACCCACGCCAUUGUAUCGUCUCCGGUUGUUGUUGUAAUGGUGACACCGGUGGUGAUGAUUGGGGGGCCCCUGCUCGCCGCUGCCGGGAAUCUGACGACACCAAAUUUGCCUGCAGAUUAAAGCGUAACAGGCGGCGAUGAUGACCAGCGGCAGGACGUAGCAAAGGGUCAGGUGAGCCACGGCGUAGUAAGUAUCUCCCAUCAGCGGAUCUGGCCAUAUUUCUGUACAAACCUAUUUGCAGUUAGUCACGAUUAUAUUAACAAAUGCCUACUGUUUGAUUAUAAGCUCGGCUUUAUUAUCUAACCAGCGUUUCGGACACGUAAUCCUGGCGGAAGACGACCAGCCACGGAAGAGUUAUAAUUGCGGAUCCGAUCCAGAUGAGGCCAAUGAUGACCCGACAGCACUUGGAGCUCAACCGUUUCUUCCACGGCGACGAGAUGGACCAGUAGCGCUCGACGGCCACGGCCACCAGCGUGUAAACCGAGGCACUCACGCUGACUCCCUGCAGGUACGGCACCAAUUUGCAAAUGAUGGAGCCCAUCACCCAAGCUGUCCUCGGAAAAAGACGCAAACACAUCAAAUCACGCCGGCGCAGAAGACGAGGCCGUAGGCUGUGCAAAGAGCUCCACUUACCCACACAUUGUAACGAUACCACGAAGUUGGCGGAGUCGACAAUUCCGGCCAAUCGGUUCCAUUCUCACUGAGAAAAUCCAACGGAUAAUCCAUCGAGAACGAUUGCUGUGUGUCGACUGAGUUGACCAAACUCAUCGGAAGCAAACGCAGAGAAGGCCGUUGAUCGAUAACGUCGACGAAUAUCCCAGAAAAUGUACUGCAAUGACGAGGAGAAAGUCUGCGCGAUGAUCAACGAAUAGUCGACAUCAGAAAAUUACAGUCUGUGUGAACCGCGUCAACUGAUGGAAAGCCCGCACACACUGACUUGUAAGCAUUGCCAGCCAGUGUCUGACGACGAUCGUGAAAUGGACGCAAGCAAAGCAAAGGACGCCAAGGAGGGAACCGAGAACGCUGAAAUUAAGGAAUCCAGGAAGGAGUUCUUCUCUUCUUUUUACGACACUGUACCGUGCGUGAAGAAUGAAUGCGAAUCAAAAGUGGAACAGCGUAAACUCGAAGUGGGAAACCGUUGCCGACACGUUCGAGCAUAUUACUAAGUAAUCAAUUACGAUGUGCACAGCGGCGUGCGUUCGUGCGUCAAAGAGAGACUAAAAAAAGUCACGCUAAUGACCAUUUCCUUUUUUAUAUUCGUUCUUUGUUGUAAUUUGUGUGGUGUGGUGAUCAAUAUUUUGAAAUGUAGUUCGUGAACGAUA